ACUUUCAGUAAUUAAAAAGCAAGAACGAGAAAAGAAAGAUAAAGCUAAACAAGAGCGAGUAAAGAAACUCAAAGCUGAGAAAGAUAAACUUGAAACAAGUCUGUUUGAACGAGAGAGUAGGCUAAGCUCAAUAGAAGAUGACAUUCAGAGUAUAGCAUGUACGCAUGUAAAAGAUAGACAGCGUAAACCUAAAGAACAUGAGGAGAAACUUAUCAUGAAACCCUCUGUUCCCAAGUUUAGUGAAGAGCAAUUUACAGAAUGGAAAAAUGAAAUUGAGAGCAUGAUUGAGUCAAGAAUAUAUCAUAAAGAUCUAUUGAAACAAGCAGUGAGAAAUGCAAUUACCGGACGAGCAAGGAAAGUUCUAGCUACACUAACACAUACAGCAACAAUACGAGAUAUUUUAGACAAACUUGAAAGUAAUUUUGGAUAUGUAAAAUCGGAAGAAAGUUUGAUUGAAGAGUUUUAUACAGCAGUACAGGGAAGAGAAGAAGAUGUUGCAAGUUGGGGUACACGAUUAGAAAGUAUUUUUCGAAGAGCUGUAGAAAAAGGACAAAUAGAUGAAGAUAGAAAAGAGAGCAUAUUGAAGACAAGAUUUUGGAGACAUUUGAGAAAUACUGAACUAAGAAAUGCAACCAGAAUAUAUUAUGAGACGAACAUAUCAUUUGAAGAAUUUAAGAGGAAGGUUAGAAGAGAGGAACAAGAACUUGAAACACUUAAGCAGAAUGAAACUAAAGUCAAUGUUCAGCAAACGAAUGACCAAGGCAACCUCAUGAAAGAGAUGUUUGAAAGAAUGAGCAGAUUGGAAGCAAAGAUUAAUGAACUAUCGAAAAAGAACUCCGAUGCAGAGCCAAGUCGCCAUUUUGAAUCAUAUGGAGGACGAGGACGAUAUCCAACUCGAAGAAAUAACUAUAGAGGAUCAGGAGGAAGAGGUAGGAGCUUUGCACCAUCAAGAGGACGAUAUCAAAACCAAGGCGAUUACCAACAACAAAACAACGCAAAUACACACCCUGCAGGACAUUUAAACGGGCAACUGCUCUGAUCACAGGGGCUGAUGAGAGUGGCAAAGCAAACCAACGCCCCAAAAUAGUAGCCAAUUUACUCGAAAGAAUUGUUGGGAAUGCAAACGUGUCAAACAUUAAAUUUGACGGGAUCGAAACAAAAGCAUUGAUUGACAGUGGUUCCCAAAUUAGCACAAUAACAGAACAGUAUUACAAUAGUAUUGAAGGUAGACCUGAACUUAAACCAAUGGACAAUUUUGAAUUAAACCUGAGGAGUGCAAAUGGUACGUCAAUUCCAUACACCGGAUAUAUUGAAGCUACCAUUGAAACCGAUUUUUCUACAAACCCUAUACUUACCUUACUAUUAGUGGUUCCACUUGCCGACUAUCAUGGAGAAGUCCCAAUUCUACUUGGAACGAAUGUCAUAAGGGAAAUGAAAGAAGGUGAAAUU